GUGACCGUGGAGGCCGGAGACAUGGCUAACCGUUUCCUGUGCUCGCUGUGUGUGCUGCUGGCGCUGCUGCUGCCUCUGGAAGUUCUGUCUCAGGGUGACUUGAACCUGGCUGAUGCUCUGGAUAAUGGUGAUGCUAUCAGUAAACCAUCCACCCCUCCAUCAAAGCCAGCAGCACCAGCUGGAGGAGCAGGGGGAGAGCUUGAUUUGGACGAUUUCUUUAAAUUUGAUGGCAUGACCACCACCAAAGCCCCACCCAAGAUUGUGCCUAAAGUCCCCAGUGGCACGAAGGCCCCAAUCAAACCCAAACCUAUGUCAGCUGGCCAUGACUUUGACCUGGCAGAUGCCUUGGGUCCCGACAGUGACAUUGGUGGCAAGGAUAAGAACAAGGGGCAGGGAGGUGGAUUUUCUGACAAUGAUCUGAUUGAUGUUAGCAAAGACGACAGCUACAAACCUGACAAAGGCAAAGGUGGACGUGGUGACAGUGAUCAGAUUAAUCAGUAUGAUGACAACAUUGAGACAACAGCAGAGGUUGGCACCAUUGCAGGGAUUGUUAGUGCAGUUGCCAUGGCACUGGUGGGUGCAGUCAGCAGCUACAUCUCUUACCAGAAGAAGAAGCUGUGCUUCAGUAUACAACAGAGCCUAAAUGCUGACAUGGUGAAAACUGAAAAUCCUGAGGCUGUGGUGGCUUCAGAACCACAAGUCCAACAAACUCUCCUGGAGCCACCCAAUGCUGAACCUCCCACUGAAGAAAAUGCUGUGUAACACACACACACACACACAAAGAUCACCUAGUGACACUCUUUCCUAAACACCCCCACCCACUUAACCCACCCCCCCACCCCUGCACACACAAACACACGCACACAAACAGUCAUGCUAUAGGAUAGAUUGUCUAUUGUGUAGCAUGUCCUUAUUGAUGCUGCGGCUCUGUGCUGCAAAGGUUGGGAUUUGCGGUCCUUUUAUACUAAAUGUGAACUUGGAUUUCUUUUAUCGUCAGCUGUAAACACGUUCGAUAGUGUAUCGAACCUCGCCAAAUGUAUGCAUAUGUUGUAGCUUAUUGUUUACUGUUGAAUGCCACUAACAAUGUUGGUUUACAGUUAACCAGCCCUGAGCAUGUAGUCUGGGAUUUCCCUGCAAUGAGCCUGGGGCUUUAGUUUGCUGAGCUCCAGAUACACAGUGAAGUUGGAAUACUGGAAAAAUGUGCUAAAAGCAGUUAAUCAUAUUAUACAUAUGUUAGAAAAAGAAACCCCUUGGGCAUGUACUGGUGUGUGCAUCAAACUGCUUGUAGUUCACAGGGUUGAUUGAUUGAAUUUUGGGACGCUGAUGAGUCAGUGGCUUGCAGCAUGGUCCUAAAACAGAGCCUGAUAAUGGCAAAGAUGGUCAUAGGUCUACACAGAGAAUUGGGGAAUUUUUUCAGGUGAUGAACUUUGAGGUGAACAAAAGAGCGCUGUGUGACAUGCCCGGUGUAUUUUUUUUUUUCUUUUUUAAAUGAAUGAAAGUCUCAUUGCACGUCAUUUCCUGACUUUAAAGAUAGGUAAAAUAGAAUACAACAGUUCUGCUUUCAUAAAACAAAAUAUGUGCCGAAAACACUGACCGUAUGUAAAGAUAGAAGACAUAAGAGCUCCCCAAAAGUGAAGCCAAAACACCUUGCCAACACCCUGCCCUUCCUGCAAAGUACAUCUCAAAUAAUAAAAUAAUUUUAAGAACUUUUUAUUCAUACUAACAUAUGUUUAGGUGUUAAUUUUUCUGAUACAUUUGUUUUUGAUUAGUUAUUUGAUGCUAUAAAAUGUUAAGAUUUUGGCUUCAGUUUUGUACAGCGUAAAGGAAGUGGAGACACGUCGUCCAUCUUUAUGUAUGUCAGUGGUUGGAAAUCAUUGAUGUUACUUUUGUUGAUGCAGAAUGGUAAAAUGAGAUCUAAAAUGGGACUACACUUCAUAAUCCAUAAUUUGGAGGUGUGUCUUUGCUCUUCAGAGAUGUGGAAAGAGUAAAUGAAGAACAUUUAAAAAUAUUCUCCAGAAUUGUAUUCAAAGCCUUGUAGCAACCGCUUAUGCAAUCACUUGUAGUGUGUUAAAAAUGCCUAAAUGGUCAGAAAAAAUUAAUGUAAUGUUACUUUAUAAGGGAAGUAACACUCUUUGAUGAUGUUGUCUAACAAUAGAUGACAUUUUAUCAUUUAUUUAUUAUAUUAUUUAAGUGAAUUUAUUUUCAGUUUAUUGUACUAUCAUUAUGAUUGCAUAAUCAGUGACUAAUAUAAUCAAUGAUCAUUUUGAUCAAGUUUUCCAAUAGGCUUUAUUACAUUUUGACCCACUUGGUACAUGUAUUGUCCUUUAAUGUGCUCCAUUAUUAAGUUUACUAGUGCUUGAGGUACAUACUGGUGAAUAUACUGUACAUGGAACUAGAGGUAACUACCUGUUACAUCAUGUGACAGUUACAUAAUUAGUUGCUAUAUGCUACUCCAUCUACACCCUCCUCAUUUUGUCUACCUUAAUGUACAAAGUUGCCUUAUGCAGAUUUGAAUCUUUUUGCAUUGAGCAAAAAUAAGGCUUCUAAACAUUUCUGUCUACUUAACACCUGUGAAUUUUUAUAGUGUGAAUAGCCUAAUAUUUAAAAAAUCAGUUUUUUAAGUAGCCUUUAAUGACAAUGCCUAAUAAUGGAAGCUGGUUUUCCAAAGUGUUGAUGGAAUAACUGUGAUGAGAACAGGUGUCAGUGAACCUUACAUUAGCCUCUUGAGUGACUGAUAAAAGCUAAAAGAUUGUAUGAAGAAAAAGAAAUACAAAUCAAAGUUUAGCCCUGUAAUGUUUAGAGAUCAGGGAACAUAGCGUUUCAAUUGGGAAACGCCACCACAUUUGAUGUAGUAUAAAAAUGAUACCAGUUAAAUCGGUUCACUGCAGUUAGGGUUUCGAAAAGUACAGUGUGUACUUUUUCUUCUCAAUUUGUUCAAAAGGAAUCUUAUUUAGCGGUAAGCAAGUUGAAAAAGGUUAUCUCAGCACUUCUGGAGACAAACAAGCUGUGAAGACGUUCACGGACAGGCAGAAAAAUUGUAAAAUGUAACUUUUGUUGAAGAUACACUUGCUACAUACAAGCUAAUAUUGUUUGUAAUAUGUUUUGUGUUUGUGUUAGCAUUGAGGCGCCAGGAGAACUGACUACAUCUUUACCCCAGGGUGGCCAUUUUGAAUUUCCAUCAUUGUGAGAAAUUCUACUUGGAGGAUUAUCUUGCGUGCUGAAGUAAUGCUAGUUUCAUACUGAUACAGACUGGUAUAGAUACCGAACAGAUUUUAGACAGUAGGCCCUACGUUGGCCCAAGCGUUUUUUAAACAUUUAGCGUUUUAACAUUUAAAGGUAUCCUGGAUGGUUUUCAUGUUAACAAACUUAUAGUUUUUCUUACCAAAAUGUAAUAUCUGUUCACAAAGCUGUGUGGCUGUUUAUAUUUAGGUUUGUUAGCUAUAGUUAUACCGUUAGCAGGAAUGUGUAGCGCAUGGCCUGCAUGCACGAGAUACUGCCAGAACACUCUCUUAACAACAUUGCUCCAUUGCAUUGCUGCAGUAAAAAACAAAAAAAAAACACAGGGUAGCCUUAAUUUGAUUACUCUCCUAAUAAUAGCUAGCUUUAGUCCAUAUUUGGUCCAGAUAUUUUUGGUGUAGGAUCUGAGAAAUCAGUGAUUUGUUACAGUUAUUAAACUUAAUGUCUCGGUACGUAAAACCAAAAGUGUUGUGAAUGGUGGCGCUAGAAGGCGGACUUGAAGGCUGCUGUUCUCCACGUGGGAAAAGGUAGCCUUGAAGGCUUUCUACCAGAAGAAGACUUUCUGGCAGAAAGUACGUAGUAUAUAGACUGGCAGUCAGAGAGGCUAGCAUAGACAGUACACAGAGCUUUCAGCAAAAAUGCUUUUUUUU